CAAAAGUACAAAGUUUCAGUUAUCAUCCAACUUGACUUUGAAACCAAUGUCUUUCCCUUUGCUCCCGUUCUGUAAUUCGGCAGUUUAUUACAGAAACACUCGUUUAGAAAAUAUGAUAAAAUUUAGACUUCCGAUUCGUCGGUUGUCUUUUGUGUCGCUUCUUGUUGGAGCCAUUUUCGGAUGUUGUCUCAACUCAUUUGUACUCCAAUCUCUCCAAGUAUUGUUCUUUGAAGACAUCACCCCGGAAAUCGCACUGCCGUACGAAAAUGAAACUUUGACAGAAACGCCAAUUGAAUUCAAGGAAUUCCAUCCAGCGGUGAAAAAAAGGGAAGUGAAAGAUGAAGGUGUUGCCAAGGAUCCGGUCGACCUUUACGACAAAGUGCGUGUCUUGUGUUGGAUUAUGACGUCUCCCGAAAAUCACGAAACAAAAGCUCUAGCCGUGAAAGAGACAUGGGGCAAACGCUGCAACGUUAUUCUGUUUAUGAGCUCAGAAAAAGAUUCCAAAUUGCCUUCAGUCCAAUUGCACGUGAAAGAAGGACGAGUCCGACUCUGGGGCAAGACUCGGGAGGCAUUCCGCUAUGCCUGGGAUCGAUAUAAAAACGAAGUUGACUGGUUCCUCAAAGCGGAUGACGACACGUAUGUUAUUGUUGAGAACCUGCGCUACUUUCUCUCGGCCUUUAACGCAUCAGAGCCUAUGUGGUUCGGUCACAAGUAUAAGACUAAUGUAACGGCGGGAUUUCACAGCGGCGGUGCUGGUUAUGUUUUGAGUAAAGAAGCUACUAGAAGAUUCGUUCAAGAAGGUUACGACAAUCCGUCGGUCUGUAAAAAUGACUAUGAAGGAGCGGAAGAUGUUGAAAUGGGAAGAUGCAUGGAAAAUUUAAAGGUUUUGACUAUGGAUACUAGAGAUUCUAACGGAAGAGGACGAUUCUUUCCUUUCCAACCAGACAGAUUUUACUUUUCUCGUAAAAUUACCAACUAUUGGUACUGGAAAUUCGUUUACUACCCUCCAUUAAUGGGUCCUGAUUGCUGUUCGGAUAGUACCAUAUCUUUUCAUUACAUCGAUCCAAAGAUGAUGCACUUAUUGGAUUUCUUCUUCUACAAAAUUCGUCCUUACGGGAUCGUCGAUCACCGACCUGCUACCCCGGAGCCACCCCCGGAUUUAGAAUUGACAGCCACUCCUUGGUACGCUCCUAACGAAACCACUAAUAAUGUUGGCGGCAUUCCAAUGAUUACACAGAAGAGAAAUGCAGAAGACAACCGCGUUAAUUAUGCCGAAGAAAAUGUUAUUGAGGAGCAAGCAGAGGCAACAGCAGACCAGCAGUUCCCAACCGAUUAUAAUCGAUACCAAGUUCAGUCAGCCGGAAGGAUCGACCGACAGACUACCACACCCAAGCCACAUCCGGAUUCAAAUCUAACCACCCAUUCUCGGUUCAUUAGAAGGAAAAUUGAAUUGGAAAUUAGUAAUGUUUCCGUGAUUCAUAGCACUCAUCCACAAUUAAAACUCAGUGAAAAUGGCACAAUUUCAAAUGCCGCUCCCAAAGUGCCUUUUGAACGGAAAACAUUUCAUCGGAAUAUUACGAAGAUGAGCGCACCUACCACGGAGCCAAUCGCUGAGAAGGACAUUGCUUUAAAUAAACCAUUUGUGAUCCCCAACGUUUCAGUUGCAAACCAACAGUAUCCUAUCAAUAAUAAGAGAAAAGCGUAUCGAAAGAAAGAGCCUAUAGAUUUUCAAAAAUUAUAUUUAAAGGAGAAAGGCAGGUUGAUCGAUUUGUGAGAUAAUAAUUUUUUUUCAAAAAUACUUGUUUGUCUGUGGGCUUUUAACGCUUUUAGUCUGGGAGGAUAAUUGUUGCUAUAGGCGUUGCUAUAGGUUACUAUAUGAAAUCUCAAUUAACGCAAAAUUCUUUAUUUUA